UUGUAGAAGCUGACUUCAAUGGUGUGUGUUCAUUCAAAAUAGUUUUUAGACGAUACACUGUACACAACUACCUCAGCAUGGACAGUCUUCAUCGAAAGGCUUUGCUUGGCCAAAUGAGUAGUCGUCCACCGAGAACACCGUCGGGGGAAUCGGCCACCAGCGCUCCUCGCAAUAAGAGGAGUAGGAGAGAUUUCACCCCGUCGAGCUGGGAGCAAUAUUUUGACAGGAAAGAGGACGUGACAGUGGGUGAAUCCAACGUGUUCCGUGUCUAUCACAAAGGUACGGAGGGAGCAGUCUUGCUGCUGCUUCACGGUGGAGGUCUGUCUGCUCUCUCCUUUGCUGUUCUGACGAACGAUCUGAGUCAGAUGUGCAACUGUCGAGUUGCUGCAGUCGAUCUCCGGGGGCAUGGUGAUUCCCACACUGAUGAUGACUAUAAACUGGACAUUGAGACACUUGUGUGUGAUGUGACCGACAUUGUCCGUGCCAUGUAUGGCAGUGAACCACCGCCUAUAGUUCUGAUGGGCCACAGUAUGGGUGGCGCUCUUGCGGUUCGUGUUGCCCACUCAAGAUCACUUCCAUCUCUUGCUGGCCUCAUUGUUAUUGAUGUUGUAGAAGGUACGGCAAUGGACGCUCUGUCGGCCAUGCAGGCAUUUCUUCGCAGCCAGCCAAAGAAGUUUGCCUCGCUGCAAGGCGCUAUUGAGUGGGCGUGUCGCUCUGGACAGAUUCGAAACGCUGAGUCUGCGAGAAUAUCUAUGCCUCCUCGUCUAAGUCCUGCAUCAACCGGAGGUCAUGCCACGCAAGCGGAGCCCACUGCAGAAGCCCGAUCGCCAGUUGAGCGAGCAGGACAGCCGCUGCAGGGAAUUUCCGAAACCGGUGCCAGCGAAGCUGCCUCAUCUGAUGAAGACAUGGCGUCCAGUUCAUCACCGUCACCGUCAGAGGAUGCAGUCUCUGACACAGCGUCUGCCAAUGAGGGGUCCAUGCCGCCUCCAGACAUCCUACCUCAGAGUGUUCCGCCUAGUAGCUAUGUGUGGCGAAUCGACUUGACCAAAACUGAACCAUAUUGGCAAGGCUGGUUCAAGGGACUGUCAUCGUAUUUCCUCGACUCGGGUGUGCCAUCCUUCCUUCUCCUCGCAGGUGUCGACCGUCUUGAUAAGGAGAUGACCAUAGCCCACAUGCAAGGGAAGUUUCAGAUGCAAGUGUUACCCGAGGUUGGGCAUUGCGUUCAUGAGGAUGCUCCAGAUAAGGUUGCUGAUGCAGUCGCCACUUUUCUCGUGCGCUACAAGCUGGCUGCAAGGGGCGAGAACUCCCGCGUCCCGGAGCAACGUUCGCCGUUUCGUAUGUAGCCCACUCGCCUCCUCCAUAACUGCUUCUCUUCGUCAUGUCUGCCGUCUGUCUGGCCUUGCUACCCUAAGCUCUGCAAGUGGAACUUCACUCGCCUGGUUUUGCUGCCCUAAGAGACAAGUGGGACUUCACUCGUUGGCGGAAGUGUCCUUGUGCCGUUAAUAGGCUCGUUAUCGUAGUGCCUUUCCUGUCUUGUCCGUAACCACCAUUGUCCCAUUGACUGCCUUUUAACCAUGCGUUGUACUUCAUUUGUGCUGUCUCUUCUAUUCUAGAAUUAUUCAUGCUGUGAACAACCGUCGUCGCAUAGCUUUUAUAAAGAUACUACUGAUUCCGAUCUUAUUACUGACAUUAUGCAACACGUACAUGAACACCCAAUUCAGGUAGGUAGAGAAAGAAAGGGAGAGGGAGAGAGAGAGUCAUAUGUCCUAUACACGAUUUGCACUGCUAACGCAUUUGCAUCCAUGCCCGGUUUUUUAUUUUGUAAUAAUAUUAUUUGCCAACGUUUGCCAACGGGCAACGGCAUACGAAAUGUCUUAUUAUCUGUACAGAGCAUACAUGUCCAGUUCUCAAGUGCAUGUCCUUGCUCUUCAGAGAUUAUUGUUAUCAAAGAACUCCCCUUGUCCGGGCACGCUUGCACCGGGUACUACCUAUAACUGGGAACUUCCCGUAACUCGGAACACACAAGGCACGGCAUAAAAGUCGUUGCUUGACAUACUGAUUGCAUGCAAGUAACGACUUUUAUGCCAAUCGAUCUUUUUUUGAUGCGAUUUUUUCUGCCGAAAAGACUACUUUUGCCACAACAUUUUUUGUAGGCUCCUGCCUGGAUUUCAA